GGGAGGAGCCGCAGCCGCCAGCCGGGCAUGGCCAUGGCGUCCCCGGCCAUCGGGCAGCGCCCCUACGCGCUGCUCUUGGACUCCGAGCCGCCGCGUUAUCUGCAGAGCCUGAGCGGCCCGGAGCCGCCGCCGCCCUCCGGGCGCUCCUCGCGCCGCUGUGUCCCCGCGGCCCUCUCCACCGCGCCUGGGGCGCACGAGGGGCGCGGCGACCGCCAGGCUGCCCGGGGGGACCCCCAGUCGCAGCCCCGAGCCCCGCGACCCGCGCGCCCUCUCCGGCCCGGGCGGCAGCAGAGACUGCGGCGGCGGCCUGGAGCGCCCCGGCCCCGCGACGUGCGGAGCAUCUUCGAGCAGCCGCAGGAUCCCCGCGUGCCGGCGGAGCGAGGCGAGGGCCACCGCUUCGCGGAACUGGCGCUGCGGGGCGGCCCCGGCUGGUGCGACCUGUGCGGGCGCGAGGUGCUGCGGCCGGUGCUGCGCUGCGCCAACUGCAAGUUCACCUGCCACCCUGAGUGCCAUGCCCUGAUCCAGCUGGACUGCAGUCAGCAGGAGCGGCCGGUGUGGGACAGAGCCUCCCGGGAGACCAUCCUCGGCCCGGCCUCCAGCCAGAAUGUCUGCAAGCCAGCGGAGGAGCCACGGCGGCCGCCCACGCUGCAGGAGGUCAGGCAGAAGAUUGACAGCUACAACAGCCGCGAGAAGAACUGCCUGAGCAUGAAGCUGAGCGAAGAUGGCACCUACACAGGUUUCAUCAAAGUGCAUUUGAAGCUUCGGCGGCCGGUGACAGUGCCUGCUGGGAUCCGGCCCCAGUCCAUCUACGACGCCAUCAAAGAGGUGAACCUGGCCGCCACCACAGACAAGCGGACGUCCUUCUACCUGCCGCUCGAUGCCAUCAAGCAGCUGCACAUCAGCAGCACCACCACCGUCAGUGAGGUCAUCCAGGGGCUGCUCAAGAAGUUCAUGGUUGUGGACAAUCCCCAGAAGUUUGCACUUUUCAAGCGGAUACACAAGGACGGACAAGUGCUCUUCCAGAAGCUCUCUGUUGCCGACUGCCCCCUCUACCUACGCCUGCUCGCGGGCCCUGACACGGAUGUCCUCAGCUUCGUGCUCAAGGAGAAUGAAACUGGAGAGGUGGAGUGGGAUGCCUUCUCCAUCCCUGAGCUCCAGAACUUCCUAACAAUCCUGGAAAAAGAAGAGCAGGACAAACUCCAACAGGUGCGGAAUAAGUACACCGAGUUCAGACAGAAACUGGAGGAGGCCUUACGAGAGUCCCAGGGCAAACCUGGGUAACGGGUCCCACUUCUCUCUUCCCGGUGCGCGUGGACUUAUUUUCGGUAUUCAUUAUUGUUUGGGAACAGACACUUUUUCUCAGGACAUCUCUGGUGGGUGUACUUGUGCCUGCCCAGCAACUCCAGAUGCGACACAAAGCCCCUCCCACGGACGAGGGUUUGCGUGGGCUCCAUUCCUGCCCACCGCCCACGCCGAGCCCCCCACGGACUCGGCCAGCGAAGGAUCAGAACCCGUACGGAGUGAACCAAGUUGUCCUCUCCAUCUGUAGCCUUUCCCAGAACAAAUGGCUGCCUCUGCUCACCAAACUGGAACCUGUCCCCCCAGCCAGCUAAGGAAAGAAGAAAGGUUUUAUAGAGCUCUGUGUUCUUUCUCUGGCUUUGCUCCUUCUUCACUUUCUCUUUCAUUUUCCCCUUGCAAUACUUUUAUUUAUUUACGCUGCAGCAGGCCAGAGCUCAGUCCCCGAGGCAGGGAAAUGCUGGUAAGAUUGUCCCAAGGUGCCUGAGGGAGGUGAUCAGUCACUGAGCAGGAUGCUGGGGCUGGAGGCUCGGGGCUCGGGGCGGCUCUGCGGUCCCCAGAGAAGCUGCAGCCCCCCCACCCCGCCCUGAUCACCUGAGACUGAGUGCGUGGAAACCCAGAGGCGUACACCUGCAUGUGUCUGUCAACCGCUAUUUGGUUUUGUUUGCUUUUUGUAGUUCUGGGGAUCGAACCUGGGGCCUUCACACUGAGCUACGUCCCUCGCCUUUUGUUUUUGUUGUUUUGUUUUGAGACAGUGUCUCACCAAGUUAACAGCGCCCCAGCCUGGGCUAGAAACUUGAGAUCCUCUUGUCUCAGCCUCCAAGAGUGCCUAAACGGCUGUUUGAAGUUACAGACCUGAGACUGGUACUGUUGUCCUCCUCCUGUUUCUGCCCAAGGGGACCAGCAUUCACCAUUUCGAAAGUCUCCUGCUGAGUCGGAAAACCAGACCAUAAGAGAAAGCCGAAAGGUGUUGCAGAGAAACGUUCGAGCUGUCUCCGGCCAGCCCCUAGCAAGGGGGCAGAGCAGGGCCUGGUGCCUUGGGUUUCCCUCUUGGCCUCCAGCACUGCUUCCCUCUGCCCUCUGGGACUGUGGCAUCUCCAGGUGCUGGCCAAGGAGUAGCCUUGAUUACGGAGGGGUCCUCCAACUCGGCCAGCUCGGAGUUUGUGGUAAAGCUCGGCUGGCCUACGGCCCCGGCUCAGGGAGCGUGGGCCUGACCCCCCAGCUGACCACAGUGCCUUUGUUUUCAGAGAGAGACAGGAGCAGGGCGUGUUCACUUGGAGCUCUGCUGCUGGCUUGCUCUCGCCAGGCAGUGGCUCCCUGACUCUGAACGUUGGCACUGCUUCUGUUUAUGUUCAAACUUAAACUGGCCCGAAAUUCCAGCAAGUAGCCAGGACUGCAGACACUGCAGUGCAGAGGGAGGGGACUUGUCAUACCAAUCCGGCCCCUGACUGACAUUUCUUUGAUGCCCUCUGCUUUCCCAAGUCCCUCGCAGGCUAGCUUGAGCCCACACUCCUCCGUGUACCCUCAGAUGUUCCCUCCCUGACCCCACAGGAGUGCCAACCCUUGUCACACAAACUUUUUUUUUUUUGGUGCCGGGGAUCGAACUCGGGUCCUUGCGCUUGCGCAGCAGGUGACGAAACCACUGAGCUAAAUCCCCCGCCCCAUCACACAGACUCUUCAGAGCUGCAGCUGCCACCUGGGCUAGCAACUCUCACAGAUUUCUUAGGACGCCCAAGCCCUGGAACCUCCCAUCUCACGCUCAGCCUUACCUCUCCCCGCCCUGUAGUGAAGGCAGCGGGUGGGGAGCCCUCCUCAGUCCUGCAUGUCUCUGACGUGGAGAAGGCACAGCUCCUGCUGCAACCCCCGCGAAUGCUGCUCAGACCUUCCCUCGACGGGACGGCUCUUUUAUUUUUGAGAAGGAAAGCAAAUCAUGUACAUAUAUACAGAUGCACAUAGCUAUAUAUAGAGAGAUAACGGUUAUGACAGAAGAAAAUUAUGGGGAAAUUCCGACUUUAAAGCACAGUUAACCCCUGGGCCUGUGCUCAGGUUUUCGCCUCCAGGACGUGUGUGUAGAGCUUCCUCCCCUCCUGGAGGUGGGGGUAACUGCUGGUAGUGCCUUCCAUGGUUCUGUUGCUCAGUGUGUGUUGGUUUUAAGACUAUUUUCUUUUUCAGUGUCUUUCUUAUAUGGGUUUAAAAAAAAGAAAUAAAAGCUUGUAAAAAUUA